AUGGAUAUCGAGGAUAUAUGUUUGGAACCUCACGUCGCUGAAGGAAACAACAAAGUUCAUCAUAGUUUUAUUAGAAGGAAACAAUCUCAAGAUGUUGCUGAUAUUUGCGGUGACAACAUCCCAGGUACCCAGCAUAUCUUCGUGCAGGUUUGGGGAUGUGCGCAUAACACCAGCGAUGCUGAAUACAUGGCCGGACUCCUUGCUUCAUAUGGCUACAAAGUCACGCUUUGUGGAAGCUGUGACAACUGUGCCUCUGGUCUGGGUAAGAACGAUGAGGAGGCUAAAGCAGCAGCCGAUUUGUGGUUGUUAAACAGUUGCACUGUGAAGGGACCCGCUGAAGACCACUUUAGGAACGCAAUUUUCGCUGCUAGGGCCGCCGGAAAGCGCGUUGUUGUCGCUGGUUGUGUACCUCAAGGUAGUCCCAAUUCGGCUUAUCUCAAGAAUGUUAGCGUGGUCGGUGUUCAGCAGAUCGAUCGAGUUGUGGAGGUCGUUGAACAAACUCUCUUGGGAAAUGUAGUGCGUUUCAUGGAGAAGCGAACAGCCACGGCGGCAAGAGACAAAGUGGAAGAUUCCACGAUUCAGCAGAGACAGCUGCGAUCCGAUGCGGUACCGCUCUCAUUGCCGAAGAUUCGACGCAACCCAUUCAUUGAGAUCCUGGCCAUUUCGACAGGCUGCUUAAAUGCCUGUACCUACUGCAAGACGAAGCACGCAAGAGGCGUGCUCGCUAGCUACCCCGUCGAAGACCUUGUCCAGCGGGCUCAAGAGGUCUUCAAUGAGGGUGUUAAGGAGAUAUGGUUGACUGCGGAGGACCUUGGUGCCUACGGACGCGAUCUCAGUCGCUCUAAACAUCCCUUGACCACCACACCAAAGCAAGUGGCUUCCAGGUGGCCUGAUCACCUCACCUUGGCGGACCUGCUUUUCGCUCUAGUUCCUGUCAUUCCACCCGGUUGCAUGCUUCGUCUCGGUAUGACAAAUCCGCCUUACAUCCUGGAUCAACUUGCGGAGGUCGCCGCUGUACUCAGACACCCUCGUGUCUACGCUUUCCUUCACAUUCCAGUUCAGUCUGGUUCCAAUGACGUGCUGCACUCAAUGCGACGUGAGUACACAAUCGAGGAGUUUCGGAAAGUGGUUGAUUUUCUUGUCACGGCGGUUCAUUCAGUAGACGGUGACAAAAUGACAGUGGCAACUGAUGUUAUUUGCGGUUUUCCAACGGAAACAGAACCCGAUUUUCAGGCCACUCUUCGACUGAUUGAACAUUACAAAUUCCCCGUCCUUUUCAUUAAUCAAUUCUUCGCUCGACCCGGAACACCGGCCGCAACAAUGACGCGGACGGCAACAACUGCAAUGGUGAAGGAACGAACUCGCAAGCUUCAUGAUCUUUUCCGGACCUAUCGGCCAUUCGCGGAUAGGGUGGGGCGUCGAUACCGUGUCCUCAUCACUGAGACCAGUACGGAUGGUAAAUAUUGGGUUGGCCACACCAAGGCCUACGAACAGAUUCUCUUGCCCAAAGAGCCCGACUUGCAGGGUCACAUGGUACUGGUGGAGGUGACGGAGUGUUCCAAAUUCUACAUGCGUGGCACGAUUGUCGAUCGGGGUCCAUUUCUUUCUCUCACUGCUGAAUCGGAAGGGAGUGAUGACCUUCAACUAUUGCACUCCUCGUUACCUCUCUGUGAAGCGAACAUGGGCCAAAUUGCUAUUAGAAAGCAACAUGUUCUGCUUUUUCCUGGUGAUGAGCUAAGAAUCUUUGAGGAUAACGCUGAUUCAAGAACGGAAUUAGCAAAGUAUUCAGCGUGGAAUUCCUCUGCAAGCAAAGUUGUCUCUUCCGGAGAUUCCAUCUCUAUUGAGUUGACAAGCAUUGCAAACUUGUCAGUUCUGACGCCAGGAGAAGCGAGUCGUAUAUUUAUUUUCAAUUUCACCCUGGAAGUGGCUGGAUUCUGCUCACCCAACGACACUGACCGCGUGCCCUGUGAAUAUUCUCAGGAACAACGUUGUUAUUCGAAGGCCCAAGAUCGGUGUGACGGUUUCUGGGACUGCCCUUUUGAUGGCCACGACGAGGCUGGUUGUUCUUGUCCCUCUGCCGUCGAAUUUGCCUGCGCUGAUUUCUCCGUUUCUGGCGCUUGCUACAGCUUAUCUCAGCGAUGUGAUGGCGUUUACCAUUGUACUGAUAAAUCUGAUGAGGCAAGUGAUAUUUUAAUUGUGGUUAUCAAUGGUCAGGAUUACAAGUUUGUAAUUCCGAUCCACCAUUUUCGGGCUCUUCUCUAUCACCCUACCAGUGCCAAGUUGACGGGUGCGUGUAUCCCCUUGGAUCGUAUUUGUGACGAUCACUUGGACUGUGACAAUGGAGCUGACGAGGCGUCACACCUCUGCAGAAGUUCUGCUCCCACCAAUUCAUCUUCUACCAUCGCCCCAAUCGCGCAGCUUUUCGCUGCCCAGGUGGCUCACGAGGCAGUUAGGGAGGCUGUGGCGGCAGCACUGUCGCGGGUAGACUCGCGGCUGCGUACCCUUCUCACCUAUGUACUAUCUGCUCUUUUCGGUCCUCUCCUCAUCGUCCUUACUGUUGGACUCAUGUGCCGCUCUAGCGCCGCUUCUGUUGCCGCCAGUCGACGAUCAGCUGAGGAGGCUCGACGUGCUAGACAGCAGGCACGCUUCAACUCUCCUAUUCAACGUCUCAUCCGCGAUGAGAUUCGCCGUCGUCCUCCUCCUCCGACCUACGAAGAAGCAUUGAAUAAUAGUCUUUUUGAGGAACCCAUUCUUGAGGGUGUAGUACCACCACCUCCACCUGAACCUCUUCCAGGCGCUCUUUCCCAGGCUCGCAUCGCUGCUGUGCGCGAACUCUCCAUGAAGCCCGCUCCCACACGGGUCGACGUGGCUAUCUCUUGUGAUCUUCUCGGUGAUACCAUCACUCCACUUUCCGUCUAUAAUCAACACUACCGUCGUCGACGUCGUCAACCUCUCCUGACAUCUUCCUCCUCACCUCAUAGUCAACCGACGUCCACGAUGUUGGAAACGCCUAAUGCAACUGGGGAUGGAAGAGUUGAAGACGUGGCGCAGUCGUUUAACGAAAAUGGCUCUGGGCAGGGUCUUCUUGGGCGCUGGUUCAUGUCCACUUUGGGGAGCUGGAGACGUGCUGGUAGUGGUAUUGGGGGUGAUGAAGGUGGUUCAAGGCGAGACUACGAACAGCCUGAGGUCUCCGAGGCUACUGUAGUAUCAUCCAUGCAAGAAGAAGAAGCGGAGGACGAGUACGCCUUUAUUGCAUCACAGCCCGAAUCUGUUGAGGGAAGAGACGAGGAGGAGGUGGAUGAAGGAGACGAUCCCAUGGAGGAUGAAUCGUUACUUGAGGCCACAACAACAGUAGUGACGGGUAGAGGAUCGGAGGAUGUAGUGGUGGAGACAAAUAGGUCUGGUGGCCAUUUUCCGAGUGUUCGAACUAUUCUCCUACCCAGAAAUCAGUCCGACAACUCUUCCGUGGGAAACGUAUGA